AAACAAGAAAACGUAAUAAGCAUGGCAGAGCAAUCAAUUUCCGAUGUUCUCAGUGGAGCAUUUGCAGGAGUGUGUUUUAGACUUUUUGGACAUCCUUUUGACACGAUAAAGGUGCGAAUGAUAAUGGGAAACAAAAAAAAGUCAAUUUUUAGAACGGGUUUAAACAUCUACAAAAAAGAAGGAUUUAAAGCUUAUUAUAAAGGAAUGUUAUCUCCAAUACUUGCUGAAGUACCGUGUAAUGCAGUAAUGUUUGCAGUCUAUGAAGCAGUAUAUCGUGAGCUCUGUCCUUAUCCUUACAGUAAUUAAGCAUAAUUUUUGCCUUGGCUAAUUGCUGGUGGUGUCAGUGGUGUAGCUUAUGCUAUGGUAGUGUGUCCGGCCGAGAUGAUUAAAUGCUUACUUCAAAUGCAAAUAAAAAAUAUUGAUCAUGAAUUGAGGUCUCCAUUAAGAUGUGUAAUGACAUUAUUGUAGAGAGAGGGCGUCAGAGGAUUGUUCAAAGGAUUAGUGGCUACCAUAAUUAGAGAUGUCCCUUAGAAUGCAGCUUUCUUCACUACUUAUGAAUAUACAAAAUAUCUAUUCAAGCAAAGGAAUCACUCAGAUGAUAUCAGUUUUUGUUAGGCUCUUGUAUGCGGAGGGUUGAGUGGAAUAGCAUGUUGUCUUGCAUCGUAUCCUCUUGAUGUAGUUAAAACUUAACUAUAAUGUGAGGCAGCUUUGUAUAAAUCUCAACGAAAAUUCAGACCUGUUUUGCUGGAUGGAGGUGUAAUUAUGUGUACUACACACAUUUUACAAAAAAACGGAAUCAUGGGUUUCUUUAAUGGAAUCCAAAGUUGUCUUAUUUAUUAUUUAAUAGGAUGUUCUGCCUAAUUUACGGGUUAUUAUUAUGCAUAAUAACUUUUCAAAUAAGCACUUCCUAUUUAUUGAUUGCAUUAUUUAUUUUAAUAAAUAUAUACUUACCUUUUUUUAA